UCCACAUGAACAGAUGAGCUCCCAGACCAAUGCACGCUUGUAAAAAACAGCCAUGCAACGACUGAGCAUGUUAGCUUUGAGUUAGCCAGCUAGCAGAGCAGCAGUCUGUGAAUGGCUACGCAGAGACCAGUGUGGACUCUCUCCCACGCAGACUCUUGAGAUGGGGAGUAAAAUGUCUUUCAGCAGAGGAAACAGUGACCAGAACACAGUCUCAGAGUCAACUUCUGUGGCGUCGCAAACUCGAAAUUUCAAUCAUGCCACUUCAGACUACAAACAGAUAUCUGAAGACAAGAGAUGCAGUGAGGAAGACGUGGAGUCCAGGUGGGGAGAGGAAAUUAAAGCGUCAGAACUUGAACCUCCCUCAUCAGAGCACAUGCAGUUUGACGGCCUCGCUAACGCUGAAACAGUUGGCGGAAAGAACGGCCAACACAGUGAGCUCGUAUCAUCACAGGUAGGGAUAGAAGAAAUGUCCACAAUGCCAUCUGCAAGUGUGUGCAGCUCUACAACAGACAGUCAUGGCCAGCCUGUGGAGCGCCGCAAGAAGCGCCGGCGCCGACGUAAAUUCACCCGGCUGUUGACGGAACACCGAAAAGCAAAUCCUUCUGGUUUUGAUGCAGUUCAACAUAAGGAGAUCAGCACCACGAUACCUCUGCCAACAUGCUUAGAGAACCACAACAACGAUGAUGUGCCUCACGCCGUAGACGCUCCCUUAAUCACUAAUUCGCCACUUCCUGUUUCUGAUGGUCAAGUAAAAGACGAGGCCCUUGUGGUGCCAAUAAAAAAAAGAGGAAGACCAAGGAAAACAGAAAUGGCAGCUUACAGAGCUUUGGCUGCUGAAGCUGCUUCUGCCAGUGCUGCUAAUGCUAAUGCUAAUAAUGCUAGCACUCCUGCACGGAGGCUGAGGAGCAGAGGGGAACAACAGACUGUGACUCAGGAUGGGAAGCUGGAAACUGAAAGCAAAGAAGACCCAAAGCAGACUGAAGUGACACCUGCAGAAAGUAAAUUGAACUUUCAAGGUGUUAAAAGAAGAAGAGCUAAACAGGCUCAUCAGCAAGUUCCAGCUAAAGUGUCCAGACUGGAUGUUUCCCAGGAGGCCUCCACACUGUUGAGCAACGAGCAGAGAGCAGAGACAGAUAAGCAGGUGGAACUAAAAACUGACAAACAAGAGACAGAUGGAACGAGCUGUCAGCUCUCCCUGCAGUCUGCAGGAGGACCAGAGCAGCAGGAAAGUGCAUUAGCACAAAGAAAACUGGUUUCCCAGCCAGCAGCUGAUUGUGAAAUUAUUCCUUCAGACGGUUUAGUCACUGCUGACAUGAAAGGCAGCAAGGAGUCACAAUCCAAAAGCCCUCUUGAAUCCCCGGAGAAUGCAAACUUUAGCACAGAUAUUGUAACUUCCUCUGAAGAACCGCCUAAACCUGUUGGGGGCCCCCUCGCCGUGAAAGCUGAGAACAUUGAGAUGGAGCUGGAUGAUUUCAAUCCUUUGUCAGAGUCAAAUAGUCUUAAAUCUUUACAAUGCAGUGCAGACAACACUUAUGGUCGUAACAGUCAGCGAAGCACUUUCAGGCGCAAGAGAGGCGGCAAGAGAAGGAGGAGGAUAGGGAAUGUUUUGAUCCAGAGAGAGACGCAUAAAGUCAGCAGUGACACUCAACAACAGCCGGACUGUGACGACGAGGACAGAGACGACGAGUUAAAUGUCACCUACAGCAAAAAAGCGGGAAAAACUCUGUUGAAGUGUGGUUACUGCAGUCAGACGUUUAAAUUUCUCUCUCAGUUCAUCAUCCAUCAACGCAUCCACACAGGAGAACGCCCGUUCAAGUGUCCUGAAUGUGGCAGAGGCUUUAGCAAAAAUUCCAAUUUAAAUCUUCAUCUCAAGACGCACAAAAAGAGCAACAUAUAUCAAAAAUGUCCGUUUUGCAAGAUUAAAUUCUCUUGCUCGGAGUACGCCUCUCAUAUGAAGAUGCACGCACACGAGAUGGACCAAGACUCUGACAACAACACGUCUGAAACUAGCAGCAGACUGAACGAGCAGGAAAAGAGUCCGGGCCUUCCUCGACAACUUCCUCCAGAGAAGAGAGAAAGAAAAGUCUGCCAGUACUGUGGAAAAACAUUCCCCUUCCAGUCCGCCCUCAUCAGACACGUGCGUGUCCACACUGGAGAAAAGCCUUACAAAUGUGACAUAUGUGGCAAAGCUUUCGGUCAGGCCUAUUUCCUGCGUGUUCACGAGCUGACACACUGGUCUGUGAAGCGUUACAACUGCACACGCUGUGAAAAGUCAUUCACUCAUUACAGCAAUGCUAAAAAUCACACCUGCAGACCUUCGGAGAGCGGCGACAAUUUGCAGCCCAACAGACGUGUGAGGCCUUCACUGACAUAUACGUGCCACAUCUGCAAGAAUAUUUUUGAACACCUGCAGGAGUUCAACAGCCACAUGAGAACCCACACCGGGGCAAAGCUUUACCGCUGCCUGUAUUGUGACAAGCUGUUCGGCGUGCUGUCUGAAUAUAACGCCCAUCGGAGUCAGUGCAGAGGAGAGAGAAACGCCUCCAGCUCGGCCAUAGAAAACGAAGAAACAGUGUCGUUAAUACAGUACACAGUGCCUGCACUUAGGUGUUCAUCGGGGAACAAUUCAGCUUCUCUUCUCACAGGAGUUCAUAGUGAAACACUAAGAACGCCACCACAGACAAGCCGCAAAAAACGCAUGGCUAACUUAAAGAAACCGUUCCAGUCGACAGCUCUACUGGCUCACCAGCUCCCGCCCUUUGUGUCGAAGUUAAACAAACUGGACACCCGCUCAGACCCCAGGAAGUAUUUCUGUCCAGGAUGUGGCCGGCUGUUCAGGCACAUGGGCCGACUCCGAGCCCACAUGCUGACCCACGCCCCAGAUCAGAGCUACACCUGUGCCUGUUGCGGCAAGACUCUAGCGAACUGGAGGAAGCUCUGGCAUCACCAGAGGAUCCAUCGACACAGGCGCGGGCGCUUCACUUGCCCUCAGUGCGGGCAGAAUUUCCGCUUUGUGGAGCCGUACAAAAAACACAUGAGCGAGCACCCGGAGGUCCAGUGGAUUCAGGUCAGGCCCAAGAAAGUGCUUCUGCCUUAUCAGUGUGAGCAGUGCCAGUGCAGCUUUAAGACACUAGAUCUGCUGUUCAGCCACCAGCUUUGCCAUUCCUCAACACACAAGGACCCCGAUUUCGAUUUAUCCAUAGAGCAUAACACACAAGCUAACAAGAACAUGUUUAGCGCUCCGACAAACAACCACAUAACUACGUUAGGUCCAGAUCAUGAAGAGAACAUGUCUUCUUUGAGCCCCUUAUCACAGUGUACAGGCCCAAUAACUCAAGCACCCAUCAUUACCUUUAAGCCUCUUGAUUUGGGUAAAACUGCCCAGCAACCCAGCAGCACACAUUCAAUCAUUUAUGACGGAAGAGAUGAAAAUGCACUUAAAAAAUCUUUCACUUCUUUGAGAACUGUGAAUAAACAUGCCAGCAUUUCAAACGAAGGGCCUGCAGACGGGGUUCAGUGUGCUGUGUGUGGAGAUUCUUAUCCUGCCAUUUCAGACCUUUAUCAGCAUUAUCUGGAGCAUGCUAGAGGCCAGGUGUGAUCACCUAUACUACUGGUCAAAAGUUUUAGAACACACCAACUUUUCAAGAAUUUGAUUGAAAAUGAUGCAGUUUAAUGUCU